UUUUAUUUUGCUGAAGACCCAGAACAAUCCAGUCUAGGUCGAGCGGGAAAAGAAUCCUACAAAACUCGAUUUAUUAAGGAUUUGAACCGCAUUUGAAGUUCAUAAUAAUAAUUCGCGGAUAAAACGCCUUACCUGAGUUACCGCCACCAACAUGAAGGGCGAUAUCAUAAAAAAGGACGAAAACAAAGGAAAGAAAGUAUCAGGUGGGAAGGUUAAGAAGCCUGGUAAGAGGGGUAGAAAACCUUCUAAGAUAGACCAGAAAGCUAAACUGGAGAGGAGCAGGCAGAGUGCCAGAGAAUGUAGAGCUCGCAAAAAGAUGAGGUAUCAACAUUUGGAAGAUGCAGUGAUGAAGAAAGAAAAAGAAAUCUGUAAAUUAAGAGACGAACUUGAAACAUACAAGAAAUGGUGUAAAUCUUUGGAUGAUGGUGUGAUUCCAGUGGAAUUAAAGACUUCACUGAAAUUGACAACUCAAGCUUCUGUCAAAACCAAUACCGCUUCACACAGCAGUGGAUCCAAAGGAAUUAAAUUGUUCAUACCAAAGACAAGACUAACAGUAUAAAUGGCAAACAGGAUUACUAAUGACUCUAGAUUAUAACUUACAUUUACUUGCGUGGUAUGGCAUGCUUUUGGUUUACAUGUACUAAGAAUUGUAUAUAUCAGAUUGAUGUGUUUUCAAACCACUGUGUGAGGAAUGAGACGUAAACGGCUGUCGAGCCACAAAACUGUUUUUGUCAUUCAAAUAGGGUUUCCUUCUCUCACAUCAUCGUGUUCACUUUUCCACUGAUCUAUGUAGCGAUUGCUAGUAUAUUUGAAACAGUGGAUGCAAUGACGAGAAUAGAACUCUGUUUGAUCGGAAAAACAACAAGAUUUUGGCGGCAUAUUGUGUUCGAGGUUCAUUUUUAAUUCCUCUCAAUACAUUUACAGUUUAUAUUGAAAAACAUGUCCUGCUGUCAAUAUUUUGUGUUUUCGUUUUGUUGCUUUUACUGAAAUUGUUUUUGUUUUAGCUAAACAGAUGAAAUGUCAUUAAUUUAUGAUUUUUUUCAGCACAAAUACUGCCAGACAUUCAGAAAAUGAAUCAGUGUCACUAAAGCAUACAGAUUAUUCAUCAAUUCUGUAAAUGCACUAAUUAUUUAAUUUCACUAUUUGCGAAAAUCCCCCAAAAAUAUGUCAUGAAAACCUGAUUUACACUUUAUAUACAGUUAUAUAUAUAGUAUCUUUUGAUUUUUUAAUUCUGUUUAUUUAUAUUAUUAUCAUAUUAUAUAAUAUAUCAUAAUUUACGCUUGAUAUUGGAUAUUUAUACAAAAUAAUGUUGCGUUGAUGUCAUGUUCUGUAGAUUUUGUACGUCAUUGACAAAGUUGUAGAGAGAAAAGUUGUAGAGCUUGAAAUUUGUAUUCUAUUGAACAUUUAUUGUAAUUUGUGACAGACUGCU